UUGCGUGCCAUCCAGGACAUGAAAGUUAUGCUGGUAGACAGUCUUCUCUUGAAAAUAACUGCCCCCUGGUGGACACUCUGCUGGAUGAUCAUAUCACCUGGACUGCUUGGAGUGGUGACCGUGGUUUCGUGGAUUUUGUACAAACCAAACCCUAGUUACUUCGGUGAAGUUUUACAAUGGCUGGUCCGGUUUGCAAUUGUCGGACCAAUCAUCAUAUAUCCGGUUCUAUACGGAAUCUACUGCCUUAUUGUGAGACCACAGGACAAGACUUUCAUUCGUCCUCAGCGGGAUUGGGGUCCUUCUCUCGUGAAGCAUCGUCGGCUAGUGACGUACGAUCCGGCCUUCGUGGUGGAUCCUUACCACGAGGAGAUGUACUUGACAACGCGCAACGGAAAAGAAACAUUUGGCGGGAAUGUCAAUGUGGCAUACGAGAACGUUAAUUGAUGAUGUCGGCUAGAAGUUGUUUAUGCUUUAUCAGAUACCAACCCACGCAUGCAGUAUCAUGUGAGAAAAUAUCCUGAAGCAGUAACUGAACAUACAUUCCGAGUGUCAACAUUUUGGAGAUAACAGAACAUGCUUGCUUUCAUGACGUCAUAAAUAGAUGGUUACUCAACACUGUUCCUGGUUU